AUGGCAAAGAGGCGCAUCGUAGAUGAAGACGACGUAGACGAGGGCUCUUCUGAUACCUCUCACUCUCGAAAGAGAUCCAGAGCUACAGGAUCAACGACUACUACCAGGCCUACGCGUGAUUCGGAGAUCAUUGAUCUCACUGACGAUGCUGAUCCAAGCUCGCUAAUCAGUAAUGGCAAGCAUUCAAAUGGAGGAGACAUUUCUGAUGAUCUGGAUGAGAGUUACCAAGCCCCUGACGAUAGCAGUGAAGAUGAUGUAGAAGAUCACGACAUAGAGGAACAGGAAGCUGCUAGUCCUGCUCCAUCGGCUGCGUCAUCUUCACGAAAAGCUAAAGCAAAGAAGGUCGUCCAACCUGUUGUCGACGAUGACUUUGAAUCUGAGCCUGAAGAGACGCCUAAAGCAUCAAAGUCUCGCACUAUACCAGUACUUACACAAAAGAAAUCAAAGCAAAAGGACACAGUGCAAGAUGAAGUCACGGAACUAUUCGAGGAACGAGACACGGACUAUACCCAUCUCAGGCUCAAAGAAGAUCACGAGCUACGACCACUAUACAUUACCAACGACAACAUCAUCAUCCUAGAAGCCUUCUCUCCAAUCGCCGAUCAAGCCCAGGACUUUCUCGUCGCUAUAGCCGAGCCGGUAUCACGACCAUCACACGUGCACGAAUACAGACUCACCGAAUACUCGUUGUAUGCUGCUGUAUCAGUCGGUCUUGAAACCGAGAGUAUCAUAGAAGUCCUGAAUCGGUUGAGUAAAGUGGCCAUCCCGCCACGUGUCGAGGCAUUUAUUAAAAAGUAUACAGUGUCGUAUGGAAAGGUGAAGCUCUUGUUGCAGCAUAAUCGAUAUUAUGUAGAGUCCAAGUUCCCGGAAGUGUUGGAGAGGCUGAUAAAGGAUGAUGUUAUUAAGGAGACUGUGUUGGGUGAUGCGCAACUUGUCGAGACUGGUGGGAGGAGUGAGGCUAUUGUGUUUCCGACUGAGGCGCCGACUGUGUCUGGAGCUGCGCCAUCAAUAACAAAACCAACAGUAGCAGCCAAAAUAACAGCAACAAACGGAUCAAACGCUUCGUCAUCCUCAACACCUGUAAUAGAACCUGUAAAUGAAUCAACAGACGAAGAAGAGCAGGUGGACGAACAACAGCAACAACGAGCUCCAAUGCAAGCUGAAGAGCUAGAAGGAAUAUGGAGUGAACAGCAACCACAACAAUUAGGAUGGAUGGCAGACGUCAUGAACGAAGAUACCGAUACCGAUAAUACGAAAUCAUUCGAAAUAGAUCCUGCAAAAGCCGAACAAGUACGUAAACGAUGCUCUGAUCUCAAUUAUCCCAUGCUCGAAGAAUACGAUUUCCGUAAGGACGAACGUAACCCGAAUACCAAGAUUGAUUUGAAACCAUCGACUACUUUACGACCAUAUCAAGCGAAAGCAUUAUCUAAAAUGUUUGGUAAUGGACGAGCACGAUCUGGUAUUAUAGUCUUGCCAUGUGGUGCUGGCAAGACACUUACAGGUGUCGCUGCAGCAUGUACCAUAAAGAAGAGUGUGUUGGUGUUAUGUUGGUCGGCAGUCAGUGUCGCUCAAUGGAUUCGAGAAUUCCAGCAUUGGUCGACAGCACUAGAUAUAGAUGUCGGUCGAUUCGAUUCCGAGACUAAGAAGCCGUUUAAAGCUAAAGCUGGUAUCCUCGUCUCUACAUAUUCCAUGGUGGCUUAUUCUGGCAAUCGGGCAUAUGAUGCUCAGAAGAUGAUGAAGAUGAUCGAAUCUCAGGAAUGGGGAUUGCUUAUCUUGGAUGAAGUGCAUGUUGUCCCUGCCGAUAUGUUUAGAAAGACGCUGACGGUCAUUAAGGUGCAUUGUAAAUUGGGACUGACUGCUACGCUUGUGCGAGAGGAUAACAAGAUUGAGAAUUUGAAUUAUCUUAUUGGGCCGAAACUUUAUGAGGCUAAUUGGUUGGAUUUGGCGCAGAAGGGACAUAUUGCUAAUGUUCAGUGCGCUGAGGUAUGGUGCUCCAUGACUCCUGAGUUCUACAAGGAAUACUUGAAACAAUCGUCAAGAAAGAAGCAGUUGUUAUAUGCCAUGAAUCCACGCAAGCUCCAAGCUUGUCAAUACUUGAUUGAGAGACACGAACAAGCUGGUGAUAAAAUCAUCGUGUUUUCAGAUAAUGUGUUUGCUCUGAAACACUAUGCGAACAAACUCAACAAACCAUACAUUUACGGCCAAACGAGCCAACAGAAUCGUCUACAAGUACUAUCCAACUUUCGACAUAAUCCAGCUCUGAAUACCAUCUUUCUCAGUAAGAUUGGUGAUACUUCGAUUGAUAUACCGGAAGCUACUGUCUUGAUUCAGAUAUCAUCUCAUUAUGGAUCACGACGACAGGAAGCUCAGAGAUUAGGACGAAUUCUGAGAGCCAAACGACGUAACGAUGAUGGGUUCAAUGCAUUUUUCUACACACUGGUGUCAAAAGAUACCGUUGAAAUGGUAUAUUCUGGAAAGAGGCAGCAGUUCUUGAUUGAUCAAGGUUAUGCCUUCAAGGUCAUCACCAAUCUCGAUGGUGCAGAUGGCACGCCGAAUCAAGUAUACGCUACCAAGUCUCAACAAAUCGAGCUCUUGACCACGGUCUUGAUUGCAAACGACAAGGAAGAUUAUAUCGAAAAGGACGAUGACGUGGAAAAUAGUCUAAUUGAUCUUGAUGAUGGAGCCGUUGUUCGUCGUGUGGGGAAUAUCUCGUCAUUGUCGGGUGCUGAUUCGAUGGCGUAUAUGGAAUAUACGAGUGGGUCUUCGUCAAAGAAUAAGCCUAAAUUCAAAAAGUAUCAGAAACGGUUUGAUUGA